CCUACAGGACUGCUCGCUCGCCCGCCUCCUCUCAGCUGCAGUAGCCCAAACACUCGGGUUGUGUUCUCCUGAAUGUUGGGAGAACUGUCGCUUUCUUUUCAGUUGGUCAGAUUCCGUCUCUCUUUCCUUUCAAUGACCGUCCGGGGCGUGCUUCGCACUCAGCAGCGCAAUAGUUAAUGUGUGUGCCGGAUGCACCCUCACUCCAGCAGACCGCUACAGUACGAAGAUGGCGUCGGAGGGAGCCAGCGGAGAGCAGCCUCCUCCGGUACAAACACUGGUCGCUGCCGCGCCGGGAGGUAUCGACACGAAAUGUGAGUUCAAUAUGGAUAACUUGAGCAAGCCAGAGCUUCUCACGCUCCUCAGUAUCAUGGAAGGGGAGCUUGAAGCCCGUGACCUGGUUAUCGAAGCACUGAGGGCUCAGAGGAAGGAGGUGUUCCUCCAAGACCGAUACAGCCACUAUACCCUGACUGACCCCUUCCUGGCUCUUCAGAGAGACUUUGACUGCAGAGUCCCUGGGGGGGACAAAGAACGGCGGCCGUUGGGAUCCAGCCCCAUCUCCAUCCUGGAGGCUGUCAUGGCCCACUGCAGGAGAAUGCAGGAGCGCAUGUCAGCCCAGCUGGCUGCUGCUGAGAGCCGCCAGAAGAGGCUGGAGAUGGAGAAGCUUCAGCUCCAGAGUCUGGAGCAGGAGCACCGCAAGCUAACAGCACAGCUAAAGGACGAACGUGAGAAGAAUAAGCACAUUGUCAUGAUGCUGGUGCGCGAGUGCAAGCAGCUUGCCACUCGGGUGGUGGAGGAGUCACAGCGCUUUGACGAGCUUCAAGCUCGCCUGGACGAGGAGAGUCGCACCUCUGGCCGAUUGCAGGAGGAGCUGGGUGGCGAGCGCCAGCGUAGCCAACAGAUGGAGGCCAAGAUGGAGAAGCAGCUGUCAGAAUUUGACACAGAAUGCGAGCAGCUGCGCGCCAGGCUGGGACGAGUGGAGGCAGAGAGUCAGGGCUUGCGGCAGCAGGUGGAGCAGCUCAGAACUGAACGGGGUGAUGAGAAAGAUGACGCUGCUGCUGCUUCACCUGCUGCUGCCACCAGUACACCACCCAAACCCAAAGCUAUGAUAUCUGUAUCCAUAGCCACAGAGUCCAUAAGCUGUCAAGCAGCAUCUUGUCAAACGGAUGUGCCCCCUACUGAGGCUGAGGGUCCUAAGAAGACUCCCCUCUCUAUACCUGCCAAACCAGCCCCUGCCAACUAUGUGGGCCUUAGUUUGCCAAAGACAACUGGAAGGGGGAUUGUCCACAGCAGCUCAGGAGGAUUGGCACAAACAGAAAAUGGCUCCGAGGGCCAAACUACCCACGGCCUACCCACCGGGGUGAGCCCUCGCGUACAGGCAGCCCGCUACAAGUUUCAGGAACAGGACCAAAAUGGAACGGCAUCUCAGAGCCCGCCGGCCCGUGACCUUUCCCCAACCAACCGCGACAACUUUGCAGCCAAACAGCAAGCGCGUCAUACUGUGACGCAGGUCCUGUCGCGCUUCACCAGCCCCCCCGCAGGAGGAGCCGGACCCCUCCGUCCGGCCCUGCCCCACUCCGCCUCGGAGGGGGGACCCUUCCCUGGCCGCCUGAGCCAUCCCAUCGGCCUCAAGUCGCCCACAGUGACCAGGAUCGACCGGGGGAACCCUCCUCCUAUACCUCCUAAAAAACCAGGGCUUUCCCAGACCCCCUCACCUCCACAUCCAUCCAUCAAGGUAGUGGGGGAAAGCAGUCGCUCCCCUGGGGCCGGUCUGAAGCCGGCCACACCCCAGCUGCCACCAAAACCUGCCCUGGACCUGGUCCCAGCCCUGACUGCCUCUCAGGUGGGUGCCUGCCCCCGCUCUCCAGGGCCCGGUCGGGGACCUCAGCGGCAGGCAGCAACAGCAUGUGCAGAGUCCCUCCAAGACAUCAGUCCUGCCACUACUGUCAGUAGCCCCUCCUCCAUACACCCUCCCUCCACAUCCCCCUCCAUUAGUGCUCCAUCUUCCUAUAGUUCCCGUGCCUCAGCAGGCAGCCCCCUGGCAACAGCAUCAGGCUGGUGUCCCUCCGUAGUCUCCUCUCUAAGUAGCGGUGGGCCUGCUGCCCUGGACAGUAGGCGCCUCCUGCUCCUCCAAGCUGCUUCCCAGGGAAAUGUCACUUUAUUGUCAAUGCUGCUUAACCAACCAGACUCGAACGGAACCACCAUAAGUAUCACUCCUAUCACCUCACUCACUGACAUCGCCUCUACCACUACUUUGGAAACUUUGCCCAAUCUUCUUGACCCAAACUUCCACCUCAGUUACAACCAAACUUCUGCCUUGUUUGCUGCUGCUCAGAAUGGACAAACGGAGUGUGUGAACCUGCUGCUGUCUGCAGGGCUGCCUGCUGACAUUUUGGAUGAAAAUGGAUUCACACCCUUACACUUGGCUGCCGCCCACGGCCACGCCAGCUGCGUGGAGGUUCUGCUGGCGUCCAGAGCCGCUGUGGACCCGGUGGCGGCCCAGGGCCAAACUCCCCUGUUUCUGGCCUGCGAGGCAGGAAGCCUGGACUGCGCUCAGGCUCUACUGACCGCAGGGGCCAAUCGCUCACUCCCCACCACAGACGGCUGCACAACGCUGCAUGCUGCUGUCCGCUCCGGACACGUGGACGCCCUCCGUCUCCUGCUGCACCACGGCGACCCCCCUGACACACUGGACGGAUCGGCCCUGUCCGCCGCCCUCCUGAACCAGGCCAACAGUGACGGCUGGACCCCAGCACACAUGGCUGCCGCCCUGGGCCUCAAGGAGUGUCUGGAGGUGUUGUGCAGCCACAUUGAGCAGGACAUUGAGCGGAGGGAUAAGUGUAAUCGCACUAUUCAUGAUGUGGCAACAGACGACUGCAAGGAUCUGUUGGAAAACCUCGGAAACAUACACACCAUGACGUUAUUGGCUGCAGUGGAAAAAGAUUCGUACCGGGUACUGGUGCUGCUGCAGUGUUCGGCUGUAGAAAUCGGCCCCAUGUGUCCUAUGGGGGCUGUGGAGGACGAGGAGGAGGCCAAGGUUCUCUCCUCCAGCCAGACAGCGCUGGGCAGACUGACGGUGGACCGCUGCACGUGUUGGGCCCAACUGAGUGCUGCCCUCAGCAGCAUGUUCAUUUCUCACCUCCAGAUCCUCUGUGGAGAGGACGCACAGCGCUCCCUGCUGGGCCUCACUCCUGCCAGCAUCUCCUCCAUCCUGAUCGGAGACACCGAGUGGUUACCUGGUCAGGAACUGCCUUUAUCUCCCUGGGAUCUGGUCAGAAAGCCCCUCAGCCAGUUUAUCACCAUCCGUCUCAAAGGUCUGUCUGAGUCGGGUCUGGAUGAGUUAGCCCUGGAAUCCCUCUUCCCUCUGCCGCUGCUGCACAACUGCGUCCGCCUGGUGGAGCAGUACGGGAACCUCUUCUUUCAUGGUCUGGAAGGCAGCUGCCAGGAGUACAUCGCUAACCUGGUGGCUCACUGCAUCAAGUCGAAACAGGAGGCGGAGGGGACGGGCUGUGACGUGGUGAGGGUGGAGGUGGAGGAGAGCCUGACCAGGGAGCAGCUGCUUGAGACCUUCAUCACCUGUGGCUUCCUGGUGCCGGCAGCAGGCUCAGGGUUCGGAGAGGUGUGUGGAUACUCUGAUCAGUGUGUGGUGGUUCUGCUGGAGGGAGUGGAGAAGGCUUCAUCUCUAACAGGCCUGCUUGGAGACCUUUGCCUCAGCCUGGACAACAGAGGCUCCGCCUCCCCUCUGAUUCUGAGCACAGGUUUACACCACGUCAGGGAGAACAGCUUCCUGAUUGGCACAUUGUCCAAGCCCCGCCUCCAGGGAUCAGAGCUCCGCCUUCAGCAGCAUUUCCGUUGGGUGAUGCUGCGCUGGGACCAGGAGCCGCUGCACGGCCUGCUGGGAAGGCACCUGCGCAGGAAGGUGCUCCACAAGGUGGGGAGUGCGGCCUGGUCAGCAGACGGCCUCAUGGAGCGCUCCGUGCUGUGGGUGAGUCAGGUGUGGCAGCAGCUCAAUGCCUGUCUGUCCCGUCUGGGGACCCACGAGGCGCUGCUGGGCCCUCAGCUCUUCCUGUCCUGCCCCGUCGUUCCCAGCAACGCUCAGCCCAUCGUCAGGUGGCUGGCCCGCCUCUGGAACGCCGUGGUGGUGCCUCGGGUCGAGGGGGCUGUCAUCUCCCGCGUGACGACCAAGCGCUCCACCUCCUCUCCCUCGCAACGACUAUCUCCUAGCAACUGCGGGCUGAGCACCGGACAGCAGGCCGUGGUGAAAGCCGCCCUCAGCAUCCUGGUCAACAAAGCCGUGAUGCCGGGUUGCCCCCUGCCUCGCCACGAAAUGGACCGGUACCUGCUGGAGUUUCAGGGAGGCUCGUCUCCUCUGCCGGCCCUCAGCUCAUGCAGGGAGGGAGCAGGAGGGGGGAGACGGGGCCGAGACGGCAGCAAGCUGAGGCGAUCCAACACCAGCCCCAGGAAGAAGGGAAGCCCCUCGGUAACCUGGAGCUCUGGGGGCUCCUUCAGAGAGGGUUCGGUGUCCAGCUCUGAUGUCCAGUUCAUGUCCAAUGGCCACAGGCAGCCAGCUGGCCUGCCGGUGUUCUUCGAUGAUGAGACGGAUCUGAUCAGAGAGCUGCAGACCAUGUGCUCCAGCAGGUCGGAGCCGGACAUCAGUCAGAUCUCCCAGGUCAAAGACAGCUUGAUCAUGUUUCCCAGCACUCCCAGUAAGGAACAGCCUGGCCACAAGUCUAACCAGGAAGCAGCUGUCCAGCAGCAGUCAGAGCAGGCUGUCUGUCCCGGCGGGCCGGGCCGCAGCUCUGUCCAGCCGGCCUGUCAGAGCAACAGCCGCCGCUCCGGCCCCCGCGUCAAGUCGCAGCUUCCCAUCCCGAACAGCAGGGGGCAGCAGACGCGGGCGUCCAGCGUCUGCAGCAUCAGCAAUAACAACCAGACCCAGCCCCCCCCCAGCCUCAGGAAAGCUCCAGCCAGCAGCAGAACGAAGCAGAACCCCCCCAACAGCAACUUCUACCGCAACAGCAUGAACGAGCGCAGCAGCUCACAAGACGACAUCUGGAUCCUCCACAGAGACCUGCACCAUAGCAACCAGUAGACCCCACCCCCACCACCUCCAACCAUUCUCAAUGUAAAGAUUAGGUACCUGACGACCUUGGAUUUGUACUUCUCUGUACUUGCUACUCUGUACUGCAGUUGUAUAUUUGGGGACCAUAGUGGAUUCUACUACAGUAUUUGAACGACGCGCUCAUGUAGGAGUGAAAACACUGUAACAUAAAAAAAAACUAAGUAAAGCAGCAGGUUGUUUUUGUUCUGUUGCCUUAAUUCAAGUGUUUGAGCCCAUUGCAUCAUGGGAUGGCGUUCAGAUCUGGAACGGCUCAGCCCUCCGGGGUACUUACAGUGAAAUCGUCUUCUUCUCCUGUAGGAAUAAGGUCACAUCAGAAAUAAAACACACACUAUCAGGCUUUUUGUUCUUCUUUCUUGUUUUUUGCUAUUAAGUAUUUUGAGACAUUCAAGUGUUUUAUCUCCAGAUAGUUGCAAGGUUGGUUUAAAUACUGUUGAAAUUAAUCAGGGUUUUACCAAAUAUAUUUGUAAAUAAGAGUACGUUUAAAUGCUCUACAGGUUGGUGUACGUGGAAUUACUCUUGUACAGUGAUGAAACCUUAAAGAAAACCUGCUGAGGAAACUUAGAAAAGUACAAAAAGAACACUAAACCUUGUACAUAAGUGUUUGUAGAAUAAGUUUGGUUUUAAACCCUCCACUUGUUUCAAAGUGAAUGGGAUGUGGCAAUAAGUAAUAGAAGUGCAUAAACACAGGAUGUCCUCUGUCAGUUGUAAGCCAUAAUAAAUAUUUUAAAUGCCCAACGUUUCCACCAGACUCGUGUUCAUUUAUUUCCAGCCUGUUAUACAUUAGUAAUAAUAAACCAGUGUUUCAGUCUGGAGAGUUUUGGUUUGUUCAGUCAUCUUCAAGACAUAAGUUUAUAACCCAAUGUAUAAACAAAUGUUAAAAGAAAAUGUUUUAAAGCUUAUUUGUUGUUAGGCCUGAAUAGAUAUCACAUUUGAACUACAUAACCUAAAUAAAGGCUAAUGCACCUUUAUUUAACAAGGUCUUCUAACCUUAGCAAUGAUCAUACUGCAAUAAAAAAGAAAAAUACAUUUUA